UUUUUCUGCCAAUGAAAGGGAAAAUUGUUUUGAUUGAAAAAACUACUUUCCUUUUUUGUUUUUAAUCAAUGUGUUUAAUUAUUGAAUUAUCUGAACGUUUUUCUGUUAAUUUUUUUACCUAUUUGUUUAAUCUGGUCAAUUAUUAUGUUGGAAAUCUAUCGAGUAGCUCCUAUUCUUAAAAAUUAUCCUUUGGACAUUGAAUGUAUGCAUGCUUAUGGAGAUCAUCUACUUGUUGGAACCAAACAGGGUAACCUUUUAUUGUUUAAACUGGUCCUUAAACCAACCAAAGAGCUCAAGUUUGAUGUGCAACUAUUGCGAUCCAACAAGGCCUUUACAAAAAAACCGAUCAUCCAAGUUGCUGGUGUUCCCGAAUUUCAUUUGAUUAUCAGCCUUUAUGACAAUCUCAUCAAUGUUCAUGAUCUAGAUAAAGUCGUUUCACCAUUAAUAUCAUGCUUGCAAAAGACCAAAGGAGCCACCCUCUUUGUUAUAAAUGUACAAAAACUUCAAACAUUAACUGGAGACAUUCAAUACACAUUAAGAUUGUGCGUUGUCGUCAAAAGAAAACUCAUGUUUUUCUAUUGGAAAAACGACAAAUUUUUAGAGCUAGCUCCAGAUAUAAACGUUCCUGAUACACCCAAAGUAAUUGCUUGGUGCUCUGAAUCACUUUGUGUUGGUUUUCGCAAUGAAUACUGUAUGAUAUCAGUUUCAGGAAAUAAAACAGAACUUUUUCCUCUCGGAAAAUACCCGGAACCAAUUGUGACAUCUCUAGAGGGUGAUCGAUUUGCUGUUGGAAUUGAUGAGAAAACAUUCUUUCUGGAUCAAGUUGCUAAACCUAUCCUCAAAUGUCCAGUAACCUGGUCUGAUUGUCCCAUUGCAAUGGUUGAAGAUUCACCCUAUUUAAUUGCUCUUUUACCAAACAACAUGAUGGAAAUACGCACAGCUGAUCCUCGACUAUUGAUUCAAAAAAUUGAUGAACUUGCCAGUACCACAACUGGAAAGCUAAAGCACCUUUUUAAAUGUGGAGACAAGAAAGGAUUCUUGUUUGUCUGCUCAAAUAAAGAUUUAUAUUGUCUAGUUGCUCGUCCAAUUGACCAGCAAACUUCUCAAUUGAUUCAAAGUAAAGAGUUUGACUUGGCUAAACAAUUGGUGUACAUGUCCCCAGAUUUUGAUUCUGAUGCAUCAGAAUCAGUGAAACGCAAAGAGAUGAUAAUUUCUCAAAUUGAAAAUCUCCAAGCUUUUGAUUAUUUUUGUAAAAAGGAAUUCGUUAAAGCUAUGGAUCUAUUUCUCAAAUUGGAAACUCAUCCAUCCCUUGUAAUUGGUUUCUUCCCUGGUUUUCUCCCGGAGGAUUUUCGUAAUGAGCUCGAGUAUCCACAUGAGCCUCCUGUUUUCAAAGGAGCUGACUUUGAAGCAGGCAUAUUUGCCUUGAUUGAUUAUCUUCUCGAGUUCAAGAAAAAACUUCAAAAGCUCAACGAAGACACUGAAAAUUCUCCACCAGGCUAUAACACCAACAAACCCAUAAAUCAUCCAAUCUCUUCAAAUAUCUCUGAAUCAUCAACAAAUUCGUCACCAUCUUUCAAGCAAUAUCUCAAAUCUCGUGACAAAUUAUUGGAAAUUGUGGACACAACUUUACUUAAGUGUUACUUACAAACUAAUGAUGCUCUAGUCUCUUCAUUGGUUCGCCUACCAGACAACCAUUGUCAUCUACAAGAAAGUGAAACAUGGUUGAAAAAAUACCACAAAUAUGGUGAUUUGAUUAUUUUUUAUCAAACUCGUGGACUCCACCGUAAAGCCUUAGAUUUACUUUUUGCUCAAGCCAAACAGCCAAACUCAUCAUUGCCUGGCCAUGAAAGAACAAUUCAAUAUCUUCAACAUUUGGGAGAGACAAGUUUAAAUUUAAUCUUUGAAUAUUCUGAAUGGGUACUUAAAGAUCAUCCCACUGAUGGAUUACGUAUAUUUACUGAAGAUACUGCUGAAACAGAGGCUCUUCCCCGUGAAGCUGUUCUUGAAUAUUUACAAAAAAUUUGUCCUGAUCUUAUUAUCCCAUAUCUUGAGCAUAUCAUUUCAAUUUGGAAAGAUAAAACUGCAAUGUUUCACAACAUUUUAGCCAAUAAAUACCGUGAAAAAGUGAAAGCUUUAAGAGAGGAAUACUUGGUAUCUUUACCUGAAGGGCAACUUCCCUUACCUGCCGGACAAGAACCCGGAGAUCUUGGAGAUACUAGGAGAAAAUUGUUAACCUUUUUGGAAACAUCAAACAAUUAUUCCACUGAAACCUUGUCCAUUUUUUUGCUUAACGAUGAACUUUGGGAAGAAAGAGCAAUAGUUUCGGGUAAAAUGGGUAAUCAUAAAGACGCUUUGGCAAUUUACGCUCAAUACCUUCAUGACUACGAAAAGGCUGAACAAUAUUGCAUUAAAACUUACAACAAAGACAAUCCCAAUAAUAAAGAUGUUUUCCUGAUUCUAUUGAAGUUAUAUGUUACUCAACCGUCCGAAGCAAAUUCAAUUAACUCAGCCGUUGCAUGGCACUAUGAAAUGACGGCUGACAUUUAUCAACAAAAUUUGAAUGAAGCCUUGCGCCUAUUGAAAGCUCACGCAAUCAAAAUUGAUCCAAUUCGUGCUUUAGACAUUUUACCUUCAAUCAUUUAUAUCUCAUCGAUCCGAACCUUCCUGGAAACUGCUACUAUAAACCUAAUCAAAGAACGUCAUGAUGGCCUUAUGUAUCGAAAUUUACUGUUAACUCAACACUUGGCCGUCCAACAAGCUCGUCUCAAGCUUCACCAAGAGUACAAAAUUAUAGUCGAAGAUUCAGAUCGUUGUAAAGAGUGUCAAAAACGCAUUGGAACCAGUGCCUUCCUACGUUAUCCUAAUGGUGAUCUUGUACAUUACUCGUGUAAAGAUCGACGAGUAAUUUGGUAAUACCAACAACACCAAGCUUAAGCGACAAACCGCAAGAUGGCGUUGUUUGUUGCCACCUUUCCCGCCUGGCUUCAUAGUCACUCCUUGCUUCAGUCAAACUUGAUUUGAGUGUUUUAAGAAAUGAAAACUUCAGUAUCUGUUUUUAUCGGUGAGAUGAGCUCUAUUUAAAGAUGACGAUCCUUCUUAACCAUUAGGGAUCAGCAAGACACCACAAGUGUUAGUCUUAAUUAAUAUUUAACCAUUGUUUGCAUUCAAAACUGACAAAAUUGUCUAACAGUGUCUCAUUCAACUUUUGCAUUUUUACACAGUGUGUUCAACGUCAACCUGUUAACUCGCUCUAUUUAUACACUGGAUUAUGUAAUAAACCUUAUGUCAUACAUUUCAAAAUCAUUUCAAUUCAUUGGAUCAGCAGUUGAUAAAAUCAUUGUUUCAUCACUUCAAUCAUUUCCCGUCAUCUGCCAUCUGUAAUCUUUCAAG